CUGACCUCCUAUUCAGACAAGCAUUAGAUGUACACUUCUUCGUACACGUGGUUCAUCUCGACAGUUAUUUUCCGUACAAAGGAAAAAAAGAAAAAAAUAAAAAAAAGAUGUGCAACGAUGAUAUUGUUAUACCGUUUAUUGCCGAUAAAUUAAUACGAUAAACAUUCGAAAAAGUGUUGGUGUUUUUAUUUAAUUGAACGAAUAAUAAUCGAGGAUACAACAAAAAUGGAUUGUCAAAAAUCGGAGAAAGACAUGGAAGCACCGCCAGAAAAGAUGGAAGACAUUGUUCUUCAUCAUACAAAACCAUUGAAUCUAGAAGAAAAGAAAUAUCUUUUGACUGUCGAAAGAGGUGAUUUGUCAAAUGUGAAAAGAAUUCUUCAGGUAGCAAGCAAAGGUGAAAUCAAUGGUAUGACUCUCGAUAUUAAUUGCAUGGAUAGUCUCGGUCGUGGUGCAUUAACGUUAGCGAUAGAAGCAGAAAAUCUUGAGAUGAUUGAACUUCUUAUUGUAAUGGGAGUGGAAACAAAGGAUGCUCUUUUGUAUGCCAUCGAUCAUGAAUUUGUCGAAGCCACUGAAUUGUUAUUAGAGUACGAGGAACUUUUGACAGCGAAUGAGAUUAACGAGCAGAAAGACGGCAAAGAAGUUGUUCAUAGUUGGCAAAAAAUCGAUCCGGAGUCUGCUCGGUAUCCAGCCGACAUGACGCCAUUGAUACUAGCGGCGCAACGGAAUAACUAUGAGAUUUUGAAGCUGUUGUUGGAUAGAGGAGCUACUUUACCGAUGCCACACGACGUUAAAUGUGGUUGCGAAGAUUGUCUUCGGUCGACUGCAGGUGACCCAUUGAGACUCUCUUCGACUAGGAUAAACGAGUAUAAGGCAUUGGCUAGUCCAAGUUUGAUAUCUCUCAGUUCUCCAGAUCCUCUGAUGACAGCAUUCCAAUUAAGUUGGGAACUCAAAGAGUUAGCUUUGACCGAACCAGAAAGUAGAAAGGAAUAUUUAGAACUUAGAUGUCAAGUUGAGAAAUUUGCCGUUGAUCUGUUGCAACAAGUACGAACUACGACAGAGCUAAAUGUUAUUUUGAAUUAUGAUCCCGAGGAAGAUAGUCUAUCAACUAAACGAUUGGCAAAACUUGAACAAGCGAUACAAUUUAAACAGAAGAGAUUCGUCGCUCAUUCUCAUGUUCAGCAAUUUAUUGCAGCUAUUUGGUACGAAGGUGUCCCUGGAUUUCGAAGAAUGACCAAUGUUCAAAAAUGUUGGAUAUUACUGAAAACAGCCCUCAUGUUUCCCUUUUAUUGUAUAAUAUAUUUUUUCACUCCGGAAUCAAAGAUGGGCCAACUCUUGCGAAGACCAUUCGUCAAAUUUUUAGUACACGCAUCAUCCUAUUUAUUUUUCUUAUUUAUACUGAUCUUAGUAUCGCAACGUGUGGAAAUAGAAGUCGUGAAAAUUUUUGGGAAUGAAGAAACCAAAAAGAAUCUUGAGAUUCAAAUAGCUCGACAAAGAGGUGCAGCGCCAUCACCACUAGAGUUCGUGAUAGUCUUGUACGUUCUAGGAUUUAUAUGGCAAGAGACAAGAGAGGUUUAUGUCGAUGGCUUGAAAGCAUAUCUUCGAAAUAUGUGGAACUUCAUCGACUUUACCAGAAAUUCCCUUUACGUUCUAACAGGAUUUCUACGAGGUGCCGCUUAUUUUCGACAGGCAGCAGAAAUCGAUAUGGAUCCAUCAGCUGCACUAAUACCAAGAGAAAGCUGGAGUGACUUUGAUCCACAGUUGAUUGCUGAAGGUCUUUUUGCAGCAGCAAACGUGUUUAGUGCUCUCAAAUUGGUACACCUGUUCAGCGUGAAUCCGCACCUUGGACCACUUCAAAUAUCCUUGGGCAGAAUGGUGAUUGACAUAAUCAAGUUCUUCUUCAUUUAUACGCUAGUCCUAUUCUCCUUUGCCUGUGGCUUGAAUCAAUUGUUAUGGUACUUUGCUGAGUUGGAGAGAAAGAAAUGUUACAAUGACAUUGCUGAUCCAACUUGGGAUGCAGGCAGUGAUUCUUGUAUGAGAUGGAGAAGAUUUAGCAAUCUAUUUGAAACCUGUCAGAGUCUAUUUUGGGCUAGUUUCGGAGGAGUUGGUAUAGAUAGUUUUGAACUGACAGGAAUCAAAACGUAUACCAGAUUCUGGGGUCUCUUAAUGUUCGGUUCCUACUCGGUUAUUAACGUAAUCGUUCUUUUGAAUCUUCUGAUCGCCAUGAUGAGCAACAGUUAUGCUGUCAUCGAAGAACACGCGGACACGGAAUGGAAAUUUGCUAGAACGAAGUUAUGGAUGAGUUAUUUUGAGGAAGGUGGUACUCUUCCUCCACCAUUCAAUAUUUUUCCCCCACCAAAAUUAUUCCUCAAAUUUUGCGGCUUAUCAAAGAAAAAAAAUAACGUGCAUGACGAUAUUACAAAUCGACGUUCACAAAAUCAAAAAUAUGGUAUUGUAAUGAGAGCUUUGGUAUGGAGAUAUGUGGUUAAUUCACAUUCCGUACAUGAAACGGAACCCGUUACAGAGGAUGACGUACACGAAUUGAAAUCCGACAUUUCAUCGUGGCGUUGCGAACUUCUUGAUAUUUUACGUAGAAACGGCAUGGACAUCGCUGGAAUCAAUACCAAAGAGAGAACUGUACUGGGUAGGAAGAUGAGAAUAUGGGAGAGAAGAUUGAUGAAGGAUUUCCAAGUGGCAGGGCCUUUCACUAAAUCAAUAGAGGAUGCUGCACAAGAAGAAUUGACUCUUCUUCAACCUACCGAAGGCGAGGAUAAUGUUGCUAGGUGGAAGAGAGUUGCUAGAUUGGCGGUAUUAAAAUCAACUCAACAUCGUUGGGGCCAAGUCGUGAAUAGCGCGAUUCGAAGCUCUCAAAUCGGUAAAAGUUAUAGCAGAGCAUCUUUACAAAGUCAACAGAAUUUAAUGAGAGCAAUAGAAGAAGCACGAAAGUUAACAGCUAAAGCUUCACUAACUCCAAUUGAACCAAUACAAUUACCACAAAGUACAGAAGCAACGAUACUUCAUGUACUUCAUGACAUUGUUGAGACUGAUAAUUAUGUUAGAAAUGAUGUACCGAUAUUGACAGUAACGGGUGAGCCUGAUCAGCAAUCGCAGAUCAUGUCGACUGUUGGCUAUAUCGAUGAAAAAUCCAAACGAAAUUAUCAAUCCAUCGUACCGGCACGAGUAUCGUCAUCGCAACCAACUAACAAAAAGGAUGAAAAUAUUUAUAUGGUAAGUACUCAAGGUCAAAGUUCCUCGAACGUAAUGCAGACGAAGAUACCAAUGAAGAAGGAAUCUAGCAAGGUCACGCCCAGUUCACCGAAGUGCAAUCAAAUUAAAACAAACAAUGCGCUUGUUUCUACCAACAUUAAUAAUACGGGAGAUUCUGGAAUAAUAAUAUCACGAUCAAGAGCUACUCUCAGUCCAAGAAAAAUCGUGGAUGGUCCCAAAAUCAAUAAAUCGGACAGCAAAAGUCAUAAAGAGGAAGACAAACAGAGAUUGGUGAACAUAAUGCCAAAGUCACCACGUUUUUCUACGAGUAGAUCACCUAGAAAAGGGGGAUGGCUUUAAAUAAUGUUACAAAGACUCUUUUUUUAUUGUCACUUGCAAUUAUAUCUUUAUCGCAAACAAAAUUGUAUAAUGAAAAUGAAAUAUACAUACAUAUAUAUAUAC